CCUACUGGGUGUGAGAGAAGCGACAGCUGACAAAGGAAAGAAAUCUGUCAAAAAAGGACGUCUCGGAUCCAUUUCACAGCGCACAGCCGUCCGGAUAACACUGCACUAAUGUGACAUCUUUAGCGAGUGAAAAGUGGCAGCCAAACGAUGAAGUGUGCCAGAGAGAGGAAGUGACAGAAGAAGGCCUUCAUUGUUGCAGACCAUCUGUUCAGAUCAACCCUCCUCCCUCCCCUGCGAGCCUCCAACGCGCAGUCAUGCAGAUGAACCCCGUAUACGUGGAGUCCUCUGUAGUGCUGGCGGUGGUGCUGUGCGUCCACAUGGUGGUCUGGAACCAGCACUCCUGGUGCAGCAUCGCCCUCUUCAUCCAGGCUUUCUACGUACAGCACAAAUGGGACCGUCUGCUCAGGUCGGGGGGCGCCGUGUUCCAGUUCCGUCCCGCAGCGAACAGCGGCAUCGUCCCGGCCUCCAUGGUGAUGCCUUUGCUGGGUCUGGCGCUGAGAGAAAAGUGCUCUGUCUCAGGGAACGUCUACUUUGAGCGCUUCUCCAUGGUGGUCACCAUCACAGGCAUGAUGCUGGCUCUGUUUCUCUCCCUGAUCGCUCUGGGCAUCACGAGACCCGUACCCACCAACACGUGCGUCAUCGCAGGCAUGGCCGGCAGCGCGAUUCUGUACACGACAAAACAGACGCUGACGGUGUCUGAGGUCAUCGAGGUCUUAGAGGUACUGCUGAUCUUCGUUUAUCUCUGCCUGAUUGUGCUUUAUCUGCUGCCGCGCUGCUUCACGCCCGGAGAGGCGCUCCUCAUCGUCGGUGGGAUCAGUUUCAUCGUCAACCAGCUCAUCAAGCGCUCCCUGAACCUGGCAGAGGUCAAAGGUGAUCCCGUGAACUACUUCCUGCCAGUAGUAGUUGUGGGCUCGCUGUUGCUCGGUGUUUUCUUCGCCCUGCUCUUCUGCUUCAUGGAGUCUGAGACCUGGGUGUCGUCACUUUUCUUCCACAUGAUGACAGCCGUUCUGGGUUUAGGGAUCCUCAUGCCGUGGCUCUCGCUGUUCAUCGGUCGACACCCCCUCAUGUGGCUGCUGGACUUCCUCACGCUAAAUGACAGGAGACUUUGUCUGCUGGGGUACUGGGUGUUUCUGGCGGUUGUGGCCACAUGUGUCGUGCUGCACCAGAACUACCAGCGCCAGUCAGGCUCCAAGAAACACCAGGCGUCGACUGUUGUCAGGAAGUACUUCCAUCUGAUUGUCGUGGCCACGUAUGUUCCGGGACUGAUAUACGACAGGCAGCUGCUCCACGUGGCGUCUGUGGGCUGCUUGGCCGUUUUCUUAUUCCUGGAGUACGUGCGGUACUUUCGGAUAAGGCCGCUGGGUCAGUUGCUCAGACAGCUGCUCACCUUGUUCCUGGAUGAGAGGGACUCCGGGCCUCUUAUCCUGACCCACGUUUACCUGCUGCUAGGCAUGUCGCUGCCCAUAUGGCUGUUCCCCGGGCCCUGCGCGCCGAAGGGGGUGCUUCCCGGUGCAGGCGGCCUGGUGCCUUAUGCAGGUGUGUUGGCCGUGGGGGUCGGAGACACCGUGGCGUCAGUGUUCGGCAGCACCAUGGGGGAGAUCCGUUGGCCCGGUACUAAGAAAACCAUGGAGGGGACUGCGACAUCCGUGUUCGCCCAGAUCAUUGCCGUGGCCAUGUUUCUCAUCUUCGAUGGGAGCAUCAAUCUGAACUCCACCUACUCGUGGAUUGUCGGCUCCAUCACUCUGGUGGCCAUGCUGGAAGCCUACACCUCCCAAAUAGACAACCUCCUGCUCCCACUCUACCUCUUCAUCCUGCUGAUGCUUUGACUGGACAGAUGGCACAAACAAAAACACACCCCUCCCACUGUCCUCAGCUCUUUCUAGGGAGAAGAAAGUGAUGAAUUUGGGGGAAAAGUGUAAGAAAAAUGAAAAAAAAAAAAAAGAUGUA